AUGGCAUUGGCAAGGCAAACUUUAUCUUUCCUGAAAAAAAAUCACUUUUUACUUGCACAAAAUUCUUCUACCCUUUCGAUAUACGCGCAAAGAGGAGGCAAUUUGGUUACAUAUCGCCUCUUUUCUGGCUCUUCAAGCUCUCUCUUUACACAAUAUAGUGGAACAUAUGGUAACCCGGGAGACGAAUAUUCAGUAACAGAUUUUCGUGCACGAACAAGGUUACCACGAAAUACGAUCAUCAAUUUUGUUCCACAACAAGAGGCGUGGAUUGUGGAAAGAUUCGGAAAGUUUCAUCGACUUUUAGAACCAGGGCUUGCCAUCGUCAUUCCAAUCGUAGAUCGCAUUAAAUAUGUAAAGAGCUUGAAAGAAUUGUGUUUGAAUAUACCGGCACAAAGCGCAAUUACACAAGAUAAUGUGACUUUAGAAUUGGAUGGUGUCUUGUAUAUCAAAGUCGUUGAUCCUUACAAGGCUUCAUAUGGAGUCGAAGAUGCGGAAUAUGCAGUAGCACAACUUGCACAGACUACCAUGCGUGCUGAAAUUGGACAAAUGACUCUGGAUCGAACCUUGGCAGAACGUGCACUACUGAAUGCUAAUAUUGUGGAGGCAAUUAAUAGUGCUGCUGAUGCCUGGGGAAUUCGAUGUCUAAGAUACGAAAUACGUGAUAUACAUCCGCCAUCAAAGGUGGUUGAAUCUAUGCAUCAGCAAGUUUCUGCCGAACGGUCUAAAAGAGCGUCAAUUCUUGAAUCCGAAGGUCAACGCCAAGCUGCUAUUAAUGUCGCGGAAGGUAAUAAGCAAUCGGUAAUUCUAGCUUCUGAGGCCGUUAAAGCUGAACAAGUUAAUAGAGCUUCAGGUGAGGCUGAAGCUAUACUUAUGCGCGCGUCUGCAACCGCUGAAGGAAUCCGACGCAUUGCCAGCUCGAUUAAUGAUUCGCCCAGUGGCUCUGAUGCGGUUGCACUCACAGUCGCGGAAAAGUAUGUGGAAGCAUUUGGACAACUUGCAAAAGAGAGCACAUCCAUUAUUGUGCCUGCUUCCACUAGUGACGCUGGAUCGAUGAUUGCACAGGCUUUAGCCAUAUAUCAAAAAGUUAAGAAUCAGCAAAAAAAGGAAAAAGCUGUUGAAGAACCAACUAUGACAACUUUAUUACCACAAUCUUCCGAAGAUGUCGAGAAAUCUAUCAUCAUCUAA